AGAGAGAGAGAGAGUCUCACACAGUGUGCGGUGGUGAUUAUCUGAAGAGGAACAGUAUUUCCAUGAGAACAGAUCUCUCACACCGGUAAAGGAAAACAGAGCAUGCUGUGAAAAAGUGUUAGUUUUAUAAUAACCUACAGAUUGUGAAUAUGGAGACUCUGAAGCGGUGGAUGAGGGACUGGAAGUAUCCCACUUCUCUAUUAUGCAUCUAUGGGUUCUUCAGCACAGUAAAGCCUUUAGAACCAUUUCUCAUUCCUUUCCUAACUGGACCAGACAAGAACCUAACCAUUGAGCAGGUAACCAAUCAGAUAUUCCCAGUGUGGACGUACUCUUACCUGACAGUGCUGGUUCCUGUCUUCCUCCUCACUGAUUUUCUACGCUACAAACCUGUGGUGGUCUUCCAGUGUCUAGUCCUGUUUGCCACCACAGCAAUGAUACUGUGGUGUAAGGGUGUACGAGAGAUGCAGGCUAUGCAGUUUGCAUAUGGAGUGGUGACGUCGUGUGACGUCGCUUACUUCACGUAUAUUUACAGCAUGGUGGAGUUGAAGCACUACCUGAAAGCCACCUCAUACUGCCGGACCGCACAGCUGCUGGGCUACACCGUGGGUUCAGUAUUAGGCCAGGUCCUAGUCUCUUUUGAACUGAUGUCCUACAACUACAUUCUAGUGUUUACACUUGUUCUCACCGCCAUUGCGUUGAUAUCCUCCAUUCUUCUCCCAAUGCCUACGACAAGCAUGUUCUUCCACCAAAGGAGCAGAGCUAGUAGAGAGACUGAUGGGGAAGGGCAUGUUGAGACAGUUAAACAUCCGGAACCCGAGGAAGGGUCUAUGUCAGAGUUGGAUCUUCAGAGCAUUGACCAAAAAGAUGGCGCAGAGGUGGAUGGACUCAAACCGAAGCAGGAAAUACUGGAAGGUUUCAAUGAUUGUGAUAGUAGUGCAAAAAGUUCCAAGACAGGUGGCUGUUGUGAUGUCCUGCUCUGGUUGUGGAGAGAUUUCCGACAGUGUUUCUCCUCCCGUACGCUGAUGAUCUGGUCAGCGUGGUGGGCGCUGUCUACCUGCGGCUACAACCAGACGGUGAACUACGUCCAGUCACUGUGGGAGCAUGUGGAGCCGUCUAGUAAUUUCACGAUCUACAAUGGAGGAGUGGAGGCCCUUUCAAACCUUUUUGGGGCCGCGGCGGCGUAUGGGAUCGGGUUUGCAUCUGCAGACUGGUCUCGCUGGGGUGAGAUAGCUCUGGGAGGGCUCUCUGCCCUGGAGGCCGGUGCUCUCUUCGCUAUGGUCUUCAGCGCCAACAUCUGGGUCUGCUACUGUGGCUACAUCAUCUUUAAGAGCCUGUACAUGCUGCUCAUCACCAUUGCCAUGUUCCAGAUUGCAGCGGGGUUGAACAUGGAGCGUUACGCCCUUGUUUUUGGAGCCAACACCUUCUGUGCUCUGGUCCUCCAGACAAUCAUCACCUCUGUGGUGGUGGACAGCAGUGGGCUUGGUGUGGAUAUUGUCACACAGUUUACCAUCUACGGGGGAUAUUUUUCUGUUAUUGGGAUCGUUUUCUUCUUGAGGGGUUUGUAUACUACCGUGUGCCGAAAACCUGAGAUCGAAACAUCGAGAGAGAAUCCAGAAGAAACUUUUAAGGCAGAAGAUGAUGCGCAAAUCAUCACUGGAACGAAAUUCUGAACAUGAGGAACAGGAAGUACCUGAUCACACUUGAUUAAUUAUGAACAAACAGAAGGAAAGCAUAAAAAUAUACUAUUUUUCUUUUUUUUUUAGGUAAAAUUCAUUUUAAUAUAUAUUGUAUAUAUAUUUAUUUAUAUACAUAUACAUAUACACACAUUAACUUAGAUUUCUGUAACAUAAGUGGUCUUGAAUCAGAGUCUCAUGAGUUCUCAUUACUCCUCAUAAUGGAAAAACAAUCUUUUUUGCCUCAGAAACUGCAAAAGCACAAAAAGGCAAAUGUCAAAAAGGAUUCCACAUUCUUGCUUCAUGUUAUUCACAGCACGGCGGACGUCAACGCCGUAUAUGCAGCAUAUGUGUGUGUACAUGUGUGUAUGUGUUAAAGAUACAAAUACUGAUAUGCACAAAGAUCUAAAAUUUAGCAAUUUCUAUGAAAGAAUUAUGUACAGAAUUGCAGCAUUAACAUGAACAGGAGGUUUGCAAUAAGUUAGUUAUCCACCACGUCGUGCAGAAGAUUUCCAGGCCAGUUAACAGGAAUGACAAAAGGAGCACAGUAAAAAAAAAAGCUCCUUUUCUCCAGACAAC